GGCAGCGGCGGCGGGGCCAUGUCGUACGUGCCGGGGCAGCCGGUCACCGCCGUGGUGCAAAGAAUUGAAAUACAUAAGCUUCGUCAAGGUGACAAUUUGAUUCUGGGAUUCAGCAUUGGAGGUGGCAUUGAUCAGGAUCCUACUCAGAAUCCUUUCUCUGAAGACAAGACUGACAAGGGUAUCUACGUAACAAGGGUGACAGAAGGAGGCCCAGCAGAAGUUGCAGGACUUCAGAUUGGAGAUAAGAUCAUGCAGGUGAAUGGCUGGGAUAUGACAAUGGUGACCCAUGACCAAGCUAGGAAGAGGCUGACAAAAAGGAACGAAGAAGUGGUACGGCUGCUGGUGACCAGGCAAUCUCUGCAGAAGGCUGUGCAACAAUCCAUGAUGUCCUAAUCAAUCGUCAAGUUGGGGAAGGGUUGGGGAGGGAGAUAUAUAGACUGAUAUCAAGCAAGGAAGCAAAUACUAGACCUGAACAGGUUGUCUGGAAGGAGUGCAUGUUCCUAACUGUGGUAAACACUAUUUUUUUUUUUUUCCUUUCUCUGGUGUAACUGGCAGUAGUAAAACUCUAGUCCCCUCAAGCAGAGUGCUUCUCUAAAGUCUUCCCUGCAGGUACACGGUAAGACUUUAUUGUAGUCAUGGCUUUCAGGAGGACAGGACAAACCCUAGUUAUCUAAGGAAGCAACUGGAAAAGCCUUAACUUUGACAGAAUUCUCUUGUAGCACAAAAGCUUCCUAUUUUAAGAGGAAAUGUGGUUCCUGCUAUGGAAGAUAAGAGGGUUUGCUGUGCUUAAGCUUUUAGAAGCGAGCUGUCCUGUCCCCUCAUGCUAUCAAAUUAAAAUGCCAGAAUUAAGAGUUGCCCGCUGCUGUGGGGAGGAGCACUGUACUCAUCCCACAUUGUGUGCUAGCUAGACAGAGUAUGCUGAAGGGUUUGGGGCAUUACAGUUUACUGCAAAGAUUCCCUGUACAAAGCAGCCUCUUCAGACAGACAAACAAGAAACAACUAAGUAUCACAGAAGUGUUAGAUUAAUGCCUGUGAAGGACACUAAGAGUUCAUAGACACUACAGCUCAACUUCACUGUCAGAGUAAAACCUUAAUUCUCCUUGUUCCCAAGUAAUUUGUAACAUCACAUGAAUCAAGUUUAAAUGAAAGGAAUAUGGAGCAGAAAAGAACACACUGUCACUGAACUUACCAAAAGAGCUGCUCAUAGCUGUAGUCUUCAGUUCUUCAUUCCACUUCUAUCAGACUUGAAAUGGGAGAGGUGGAUUUUGGUCUGUCUUCUAGAAGACUUUGCUUAAAUCACUGAUUUAUUGGAUGGAAGAGAUGAAUAUGCCAGUAAUUUGCAAAAGUGCCUCUUGACCAAAUUUCAACUUCUGGUAAGAUACUAAGUUGUUUAAAUCAACAUGCCACAGGAUUUAAGAUUCUUGCUGCAACACUAAAGUUAAUUAUCUAGCAUCCUAGUGGUUUGUUAACCAGCUAGCUUUACAGUUAUCCAAAAACUGGAGUUCUUAAUCCCCUUCAGUUGAUUUAUACAUAUCUAUACUUUCCUUAAGCAGUCUUCAGGUAAGCUGUUGUAAAUAGAACAUGAGAAGGUGGCAGACUAACUUAUUCAGUACAUUACUGCUGUGCCAUGUACGUAUGUUGUGAUUAAUGCAUCUCAGACUGUUCUGUACACACCAGCAGAUGCCUAUUUACCAUUUUUAUAUCUACAGAAUUACUAGAAUACUGCUUUUGAAUUUUGUAACUUAAGAAUUCAGUGGUAAAUUUUAAGGCUUUCAAGUUGAAGUUAUUUUUUUUACUAUAAAGAUACACUGCUAUUUGUACUGCUAUUUCACUUGAUUUUACACACAAUAAAACAAAGUUGCAUUUCCUGA